AUGCGUCACCAAUCACAAAUUAAUGUAAAUUGUAUAGUUCGUUACAUAAGAAUCAGAUUUAACAGUUGUUCGCUCUUGUGAUACAAUAUCAGGAGCCAGGAGAUAAGUUGAAACACCUUGCAAAUUCUAUAGUACAUCUAAUCAAAGUAUGCCAUUAAUGUUGUGACGUGUUAUUUUUUUUUAACCUUUAAUAAACAGCGAAUUAAUUGCGAAAAUUGGCUGAAAACGUACAAAUACCUCAGGUAAAUAUUAUUUAUUUUUAAUUUAUUUUCAAUUUACAGUUAGAUUUACGAUCAUUUUAAGAUGAAGAGGUUAUGUGUUACUUCGUUCGGUUCAUGGCACUCAGAACCUGUGAAAAUACUGUUAAUUUUCUAAACUAAUAUCCAAUUACUUAAAAAGGAGAUAUUAAUGCAAUUAAUAGACAGAGAUUCAAGAGUUCACGCGGAUUUUCAGUUUUUAUCAUUUGAUAAAAAAGAUUCGAUCAAACUGUUACUUGGGAAGUCUUAUAUUUUAGCAACCUUGAGUUCAUUUUGAUAAUUCGAUAUAUUAAGAGUUUUCUUUAAUUAUCAAAUCAUACCUGUAAACGUGAAUUGUUAUUCACUUGGAUGUUUAAUAUUAGUUAUUUGAAUUUCAGCAAUUUUUCAGUGUAAUUAUAUUUCUUAUGCACUUGUAUCUGCACAUUUUCUCGAGUACACUGAAAAACACAUUGUACUUUUGUUAUUUAAAUUUAUUUGCGAAAAUGUACUUUUUACAAUAUAGAAAUGUAUUUAUUACAUUAUGACGGGAUAUUUAGUUAAAUUUCUUAAUUAAAACAUUAAUAAAGUUUUAUUAAUGUUUUUUAAAUAAAUUAUAAUUGAUUUUUAUUCUUUGUUUCUAUUGUUUCUAUUGUUUAUAAUUCUGUGUAAGAUAUUUAAUGUUUAAUUGCUUAUAGCUAAAUCUGGUUCUUGUCUGUACUCGUUUAAGAAAUUAGGAAUAUCUUUAUAAUGUAAUAUUUUAUUUGCGAAUAUAUAACAUUUAUGAAAUUGAAACAUUUGUGUAAUAAAUAAAUUUUAUUACAAAUACAUGGUUUAGAUGCAUAUAUUUUGAUAGGAAUAUAUUGCAACGUAUGUACAUACAAAUUUAUAAUCACGAUUAUAAAAUAAAAAUUUUUAUUGUAGGAAGGUAAAAUGAUGCAAGAUGAGCAUCUGGGUGGUCCUGCAAGACGAAAUGUUUUCAGUCAAGCAAUAGGAAGAAUAUCACAGGUAUUUAGUUAAACCUCAUGUUUUGUCAUUACUUGUAUUUGAUUUUACUUAAAAAAAGAUAUAUUUAAUGUAUUAAUAUGAUAUUAAUGCGUAUAUGUAUUUAUGUUAUAGUUAUAUCAAAGAUAUCUGGACCUUUGGACUCCUCAUGUAAUAUCAAGAUGGACAGUUGCUUUUUUCCUAAUACUUGCCUUUUUUCUGCGUAUAUUCAUCUCAGAAAUGGUGAUGGACCAGAAUUACCUACAAGAUCAAAUGAGGAAUUUAGGCCGUUUAUUAGAAGGUUACCCGAAUUUAAAUUUUGGUAUUCUGUGAUGAAGUCUACAGUUAUUGCUAUGAUAUGUACUAUGUUUGAUUGUUUCAAUAUACCAGUAUUUUGGCCCAUACUUGUCAUGUACUUCAUAACGCUAUUUUGCAUUACUAUGAAGCGUCAAAUAAAGUCAGAUCCUUUUAUCAAUGACAUUACAUAUGAAUAAAAUCAUUGCCUUCAAAAAGGAAAAAGGUUUAAUCCAUGAAAGGUGUAAUACUAAAAGUAUAAUGUUAUAUGGUAAAAGUCUUGCUACUAGAAAAAUGAGGGAAGGAAGGAGAUGAUAUGAAGAGGUCGACGAUCCAAAUUUCUUAAGCUAUAAAUUGUACAUAUCAACCAACGAACAAAUUGAUAUUUUGAGUUUGAAAUUCUCCAACUCUCCAACAGCUCAAUGCCAAUUCUACGAUUAUAGAUUUAGUUGUCGGAGGGGCAGAAAAUUAUAUAAUUUAUAAAUAUUGUUGCAUUCGAGGUACAUAUGUAACAUAACUAUGAUAAGAAUGCGGGUUACUUAACAUGACAUAAUACACCUCCCAUAAAUAUUAACGUAACAUAUUAAAAUAUGUAUUUUAUAUUAGGAAAUUUUUGGAAAAUUGAGUAAGUAAAUCUCACGGAUCUUUAGAGUUAUCAUUAAAAUCAUUUGCUUGUAACUUUAGACCGUAAGAAGAGGAAACUCGUACGCUCAAUAUUGUAAGAAAAAUCUCACCGAAUAACUUGCAUUUUUUCCUACAUUCACACUUACUUUUUCAACAACAAAAAAAAAAAAAAAGAA